AUGGACUUGGAAAGAGAAAUGAACAAAAGUAAUAAGUUGUUUAAUAAUCUAUCCCCAGGAGAAAUAAAUUUAGAAGACAUUGAAGAGUCAACUACUAGCAAAAGAGUUACGGAUAAGUUUAAGGAAAUAAAUCGGUGGAGCGAAGAUAGAGAACUAUUUGUUAAAGAAGAAUUGCAAGAAACACAAGAAGCAAAAGUUGAGUAUCUACUAAUUGAAGGAGUAGCUUUAAUAUUAGAUUCUGUUAGAGAAGCAAAAGAAGAAAAUAUCUCCGGUGAAAAUCUCUUACUUUGUGUAAAUAAAUUAGAGAAACUUCUGAGAAAUUCUAUAAAUGAUUCUUGGAAUUAUUGUUAUUUAUUGCAUGGUAAGGUCAUAAAAGUUUUGAAAAAGCAUGGAAUAUCUGUAAACGAAAUCAUUAAUAACAUUGCAAACGGAGAUGAAUAUGAUAUCCUAAGAAAUGCCAUUAUUCAAGAUAAGAUUGAAGAUAUGAAUAAAAAUCCAAAGAAUUGA